AUGGGGCAGAACCAGAGCACGCCUCUCUCCCUAAUCUUAAAUAACUUCAAGGAGGUCCGGCCCAGGGCUAACAACCUAAGCCUGGACAUUCGCCGAUCUAAGUUUAUGACUCUCUGUCGGUCAGAAUGGCCCACUUUCGGGUUCGACUGGCCACCGGAGGGUACUUUUUGUCUGUCGACAAUCGCCAAAGUUAAAGCUAAAGCCUUCCUGCCAGGGAAGGAAGGCCACCCUGACCAAGUGCCCCAUAUCCUUGUCUGGCAGGAUCUGGUUGGGAAUCCCCCACCAUGGAUUUCUCCAUUUCUCUCUUCAGGAUCCUGCAAAAUUCUUGCGGCUUGCCCCCUGCGGCUCGCCCCAAAUCCUCCACCCUAUCCUCCUCUCCCCAUCGCCCGGGCCCUGCCGGAAGCAGCCGCCGCCCCGCCACCCGACCCGCAAGAAGAACCGGAAACGCGGGAGGCGGCGGCUGCGCGGGAGCCAAGAGGGCGCGGAACGACCGCCCUGAGUCCUGUUAGAAAUGAAACUGGCCACGGAGGGCCAGCUGGCCGCACUCGCGGACGUUCUCAGCUGGAGCCAAGCUCCCGCCUCCCCGACUCCACAAUAGCCCUGCCCCUGCGGGAAAUAGGGCCCCCUGAGGACACAGGCAACCCCCGACUUCAGUACUGGCCCUUUUCUACUAGUGAUUUCUAUAACUGGAAAAUCCAAAACGCUCAUUUUUCUGAUAACCCCAGAGAUCUAAUAGCCCUUCUAGAGAGCAUUAUGUUCACCCAUCAGCCCACCUGGGAUGACUGUCAACAGCUCCUGAAAAUCCUGUUCACCACGGAGGAAAGAGAAAGAAUUCAAUUAGAAGCGCGGAAGGUGGUUUUGGGAGAGGAUGGUCGACCUACCGCGAAUCCGGACCUCAUCAACGCAGCCUUUCCCUUGACCCGGCCCGAAUGGGACUACAACGCAGCAGAAGGUAGGGGACGGCUGCUCAUUUAUCGCCAGACUCUAAUGGUGGGUCUCCGGGCAGCGGGUGCUCGCAAGCCCACCAAUUUGGCCAAGGUGUAUUCAGUGACACAAGGUAAGACAGAGAGUCCCGCUACCUAUCUAGAAAGAUUAAUGGAAGCCUUUAGACAGUAUACCCCCAUGGACCCUGAGGCCCCAGAAAACCAGGCAGCUGUCGUGAUGUCUUUCGUAAACCAGUCCGCCUCCGAUAUUAAGAGAAAACUCCAGAAACUAGAGGACUUUGAAGGAAAGCAGAUCCAAGAUUUACUCCGAGUCACACAGCGGGUAUAUAAUAACCGGGAUGCCCCAGAGGAAAAACAAAUCAGAGCUACGCGAGAAAUGACUAAAGUCUUAGCUACCAUAGUUCAAAAGAGCAACCGUCCUCAGGAGGCGGCCACACAAUGCACCCCCCCCCCCAGGCGGCACUUAGAUAAAGAUCAGUGCACCUAUUGUAAGGAAAGGGGGCAUUGGUUGUGGGAUUGUCCUAAAAAGAAACAACGGCACUCGGACCCCAAACCAUGGCAAACCAAGACAACCCCUGUCCUGUUUACACAAGAUUCAGAAUAGGGAGCACGGGGUUCGGAUCCCCUCCCCGAACCCAGGGUAACAUUACAAGUGGAGGGGACCCCGGUCCGGUUCCUAGUCGACACCGGAGCACAACAUUCAGUACUAGUUAAGCCCCAUGGAAUAAUGUCUGAAAAAUUGUCCUGGGUGCAGGGGGCCACUGGGACAAAGAAAUACCUCUGGACGACUCAGAGGACUGUAAACCUGGGAACUGGGACGGUAACUCACUCCUUCCUAGUUAUCCCUGACAGCCCCUGCCCCUUACUGGGGAGAGACUUACUUACCAAAAUGGGGGCCCAAAUCCAUUUUCAACCAGAAGGGCCAACCGUGACUAAUUCCCACAAUCAGCCUCUAUCAGUUCUUACUGUAAAAUUAGAAGAUGAGUACAGACUCCAUCAAACACAAUCACCGCAGGGUCAAGACCUGGGACUCUGGCUCCAACGCUUUCCCAACGCGUGGGCAGAAACAGGGGGUAUGGGAUUGGCAAAACAUCGCCUGGCCCUGUUCAUAGAAAUUAAGCCCGGGACAGACCCUGUUCGAGUGCGCCAAUACCCAAUGCCCACUGAAGCCAAAGCGGGCAUCACUCCACAUAUCCGUCGCCUCCUAGACGCCGGAGUCUUACGUACGUGCCACUCGGCACGGAAUACCCCCUUAUUGCUGGUGCGAAAACCCAAUAGUGGGGAAUAUAGGCCGGUACAAGAUCUGAGGGAAGUCAAUAAAAGGGUAAUAGACAUACAUCCGACCGUCCCUAACCCCUACACUCUCCUAAGUGCUCUCAGCCCUGAAAAACAAUGGUAUACUGUUCUAGAUCUAAAAGAUGCAUUUUUCAGCUUACCUCUAGCACCCAAAAGUCAAGAGUUAUUUGCUUUUGAAUGGACCGACCCUGACAGGGGCAUAAAUGGACAACUCACUUGGACUAGGCUACUACCACAAGGAUUCAAAAACUCUCCGACCCUGUUUGAUGAGGCACUACAUGAGGAUCUGAGUGAGUACAGACAACAAUACCCUAAUGUAACCCUCCUGCAGUAUGUCGAUGACCUUCUAAUAGCCGCUGAAACGCCUGAGAUCUGUAUCCAGGGAACUGAAGGCCUCCUACACACUCUAGGAACCCUGGGAUAUCGCACAUCAGCCAAGAAGGCUCAAAUCUGCAGGCCGGAGGUAAUUUACUUAGGUUAUUAGCUGAAAGGGGGGCGGCGCUGGCUAACUGAUGCACGGAAAGAGACGGUCCUCCGCAUUCCCAGACCUCAGACGCCACGACAGGUGAGAGAAUUUUUGGGUUCAGCCGGGUUCUGUAGACUAUGGAUACCUGGGUUUGCUGAGCUUGCAAAGCCCUUAUACCAGGCUACUAAGGAACAGCAGCCCUUUGUCUGGUCAGAGGAGACCGAACAGGCCUUCCAACAACUUAAGACUGCCCUACUAUCGGCACCCGCCCUGGGGCUUCCAGACCUCACCAAGCCCUUUCAUCUAUUCAUAGAUGAAAAUAAAGGAGUUGCCAAAGCAGUGUUAACUCAUUACCUGGGCCCAUGGCUUUGGCCCGUGGCCUAUCUGUCAAAAAAAUUUGACCCAGUGGCAGCCGGAUGGCCGCCCUGUCUCCGGAUAAUUUCGGCCACUGCCCUGAUGGUAAAAGAUGCUAAUAAGCUGACCAUGGGCCAAGAACUACAAAUCACUACCCCACAUGCUAUAGAAGGUAUCCUCAAGCAGCCACCUGACCGAUGGCUAAGCAAUGCCCGACUCACUCAUUAUCAAGGCUUGUUACUGAACCCCCUCAGAGUCUCCUUCACCCCCCCGACAGCCCUGAACCCAGCAUCUUUACUACCCGACCCUGACCUAGGCGCCCCACUCCAUGACUGCACAGACAUCUUAGCACAGAUCCACGGGACAAGAGAAGAUCUACAAGAUAGGCCCCUACCAGAUGCGGAGAUUACCUGGUUCACUGAUGGGAGCAGCUUCGUCCACCAAGGACAGAGGUAUGCGGGGGCCGCGGUGACAUCAGAGACUGACGUUAUAUGGGCAGAAGCUCUGCCUCCAGGGACUUCAGCCCAGAGGGCAGAGCUAAUUGCACUAACUCAGGCCUUAAACAUGGGACGGAAUCGAAAAAUGACUGUGUAUACAGACAGCCGGUAUGCCUUUGCCACCGCCCACGUACACGGGGCAAUAUACUGAGAGAGGGGACUACUCACUGCAGAAGGCAAAGACAUUAAAAACAAAGAUGAAAUAUUGGCCUUAUUGGCCGAUAUCUGGGCUCCAACAAAAAAAUUGGCCAUAGUACACUGCCCAGGUCACCAGAAAGGAACCAACUCAGUCUCACGAGGAAAUAACCUCGCUGACCAGACUGCACGUCGGGUAGCACAGAAACCCGUCCAAAUAUUGUCUGUACAGUUACCAGACCCUGGGCCCCGAGAUUUACCCCCACAGCCGGAAUAUACGGAAGAUGAUCUUGCCUGGAUGCGCAAGUUGCCCAUGACUCAAAUAAUAGACGGAUGGUGGAGAGAUUCUAAAGACUGCCUCAUCCUCCCUGGAAAAUUAGGCCAUGAAAUCUUGACCAGAAUACACCAUACUACCCAUUUGGGGCCUCGGAGACUACAGGAUCUCUUCCGACAUUCUAAAUUAAUAAUAAAAAACAUCUCUGACCAAACAGAAAAUAUUGUAGCUGCCUGUGCAGCUUGUCAACUUCAGAACCCACAACCUCACACUACGACUCUAGGACAUCUAAAAAGUGGAACUACACCAGGAGCUUACUGGGAAGUAGACUUCACUGAGGUAAAACCCGGUAAAUUCGGCUAUAAAUAUUUACUAGUGUUUAUAGAUACUUUUUCAGGAUGGACUGAGGCCUUCCCGACCAAGAAUGAAACAGCACCAAUAGUUGCAAAGAAAAUAUUAGAAGAAAUCCUGCCCAGGUAUGGCUUCCCAAUAAUGAUAGGGUCAGACAACGGGCCUGCGUUUGUUUCUAAGGUAAGUCAUGGACUGGCUUCCAUACUUGGGGCUGAUUGGAAGUUACAUUGUGCAUACCGACCCCAAAGCUCAGGACAGGUAGAAAGAAUGAACAGAACAUUAAAGGAGACCUUAACUAAAUUAACCACGGAGACUGGCGCUAACUGGGUAGAAUUACUCCCCUACGCUUUGUACAGGGUCCGUAACUCUCCAUAUAAAUUAGGUCUCAGGUCCUUUGAAAUUAUGUUUGGCAAACCCCCACCGAUUAUACCAGACUUGACAUCAGAACUCAUUAAAUUAAGACAAGAUAACAAUCUCUUAUCUUCCCUCAAGGCUUUAGCGGACUCAUCUUCCCUCAAGGCUUUACAGCGGACUCAUGAGGCCAUAUGGCCCAAACUAAGAGAACUGUAUGAAACAGGACCUCCACCCGUGCCUCAUCAAUAUCGCCCGGGAGACUGGGUUCUGGUCAAGCGGCAUCGGCAGGAAAAUCUCGAACCCCGGUGGAAAGGACCUUACCAGAUCAUCCUGACAACCCCCACUGCAAUCAAGGUAGACAACAUCCCAGCCUGGAUCCACCAUGUCCACGUAAAGCCUGUCGAUCCGCUGUCAGACUUCGUGGGACACAUUAACACGGACACUACCUGGACUGUAGAUCGGAAUCUUGCCUGUAAGUUCAUUAGGACACCAAAGUCCCCAUCAACCCCUCCAGCCUAUUUGAACAGUCUCUCAGCAAAAACCCCAAAAGACGACCCUGUGUCGAAACAGGAAGCUCUGGAAUCACAGAAUGGGGGCCAACCACAAACCAGGCAUUACGCAGCACCUGUUUUUAUGUAUGUCCGGCCCCAACUUCUAAUGACAAGGCAGCCCAAUGUGGGAGUUGGUCAGACUAUUACUGCCGGAAUUGGGGCUGUGAGACUACGGGAUCUUGCAGUUGGAUCCGAGGCUCUCAAUCUCUCAUUUCCCUCCAGCGUAAAAGCUCAACCGCCCCCUAUCAAUUAUCAUCCAGAUGGCUACCUAUACGACUUAUGGACUUUGUUUGUGCCAACACUGCAAAUAAUGAGAACCAAGCGAGAGGUUCUAACCAUAACACUAGCUGCUCUUUUUGGCCUUGGGGCACUAGGGACAGGAACAGGAAUCUCAUCAUUAGCUACCCAGCACCAGGGACUCAAUAAUCUCAGAGCUGCCAUUGAUGAAGAUAUUGAGAGACUUGAACAAUCAAUUUCCCACCUAGAAAAGUCUUUGACUUCCCUCUCAGAGGUGGUUCUACAGAACCGUAGAGGACUGGACUUAUUAUUCCUCCAGCAAGGAGGCCUAUGUGCAGCUCUAAAAGAAGAAUGUUGUUUCUAUGCUGAUCACUCUGGUGUAGUUCGAGAAUCAAUGGCCAAAGUCAGAGAGGGCCUUGCCAAAAGAAAAAAAGAGCGGGAACAACAGGAGGGAUGGUUCACAUCCUGGCUCAAUGGGUCCCCAUGGCUAACACCCCUGCUCUCGGCCCUGGCUGGACCCCUUAUACUACUUCUCCUACUUCUGACCCUUGGCCCCGUUAUCUUCAACAAACUGCUAAACUUUAUUAGAGAUAGACUCAAUACAAUCCAGGCUUGCGUUCCAGCCUCCCCGGAACUACCUGGCGGCUGCACACCGCUCAAGGCCGAAGAGACUGGCCACCACAUCACCCCAUCAUACUACCCUGGCAGCGCCCAAUCGGGAGAGGCCAACAGUCACCCUCCACCUUACUGA